CAUUGAGAAGUCAGUCCCCCCAAAACGGUCACCGAGGAACGGAAGAGACUCUCACUUGCAGAUUUUUCCCUGGCGCAGCAGACAUUUUUCCCACACCUGUUAUCAUGUCCACAAACUCCAUUACGUGCAGGUGAAGCUCAGAAAAUUGGACCAGCGCGCCGUGAGGAGCUACGAAGGCCUGGAAAACGGUGGUGAGUGCGGCCUCCCAGCCCUCCCAGGACCUGCCACCGCGGCCGCCAUAUUCCCUGACCUCCUUCACGGAUUAUCAUCAUCGCCUUGCAUCCGCGUCGAUAUCCUCCUCAGAGUUGGCCUGGCCAGUGAGCGCCAUCACAAUGGCAGACAUGGCAACCAUCCCCAACCACACCUCUCCUAUCAAGCCCAUGAUGAACAACCAAGUAGUGAAGCCUGUGGAUGACAAGUCCUGGAAGUCCCAGCUGGUGCUUCCCCCGAGGGACAGAAGGAAACGAACAUCAGAUGUGACAGACACAAAAGGCAAUGAGUUUGAAGACUUUUGUUUGAAGCGGGACUUGUUAAUGGGUAUCUUCGAGAAAGGGUGGGAGAGGCCGUCCCCAAUCCAGGAGGCUUCCAUCCCUGUUGCCCUCAGCGGACGAGACAUUCUGGCCCGUGCUAAGAAUGGCACAGGAAAGACCGGGGCAUACUCCAUCCCCCUUCUGGAGCAGAUUGACCCCACUCAGAGCCACAUCCAAGCCAUGGUCAUUGUACCCACACGAGAAUUGGCUCUGCAGACUAGUCAUAUUUGCAAUGAGUUAGCCAAGCAUAUAGGAGUCAAGGUGAUGGUGACCACUGGAGGAACCAACUUGAAGGACGACAUCAUGAGGAUCUACGAGGUGGUGCACGCCGUCAUCGCCACGCCCGGCCGAAUACUUGACCUGAUGGAGAAGAAGGUGGCCGUGAUGGACAAGUGCAGGAUGCUGGUGCUGGACGAGGCUGACAAGCUGCUCUCCCAGGACUUCAAGGGCAUGCUGGACAGAGUCAUCUCCUAUCUACCUCCCGAGCGACAGAUCCUCUUGUACUCUGCCACGUUCCCCCUUACGGUGGAGCAGUUCAUGAAGAAGCACUUGAGAUCUCCCUACGAAAUCAACCUGAUGGAUGAGCUGACCCUCAAGGGAGUGACUCAGUACUAUGCAUUUGUCCAAGAGCGGCAGAAAGUCCAUUGUUUAAAUACUUUAUUCUCAAAGCUACAAAUCAACCAAAGCAUCAUCUUCUGCAACUCCACCCAAAGAGUUGAACUGCUGGCCAAGAAGAUCACCGACUUGGGCUACUCCUGCUACUACAUCCACGCUAAGAUGGCUCAGGCCCACCGCAACCGUGUCUUCCACGACUUCCGUGCUGGACUCUGCAGGAACCUGGUGUGCUCAGACUUGUUUACAAGAGGUAUUGACAUCCAGGCCGUCAAUGUGGUCAUAAACUUUGACUUUCCCAAAAUGGCUGAGACCUACUUACAUCGGAUUGGCAGAUCAGGACGGUUUGGGCACCUGGGUAUUGCCAUCAACCUGAUAACCUACGAUGACCGCUUUGCCCUGCACCGCAUCGAGCAGGAGCUGGGCACUGAGAUCAAGCCCAUCCCCAAGGUCAUUGACCCAGCCCUGUACGUGGCCGAGCAUCACUUUGAAGACGAUGAUGAAGGCAACAUUAGCAAGUAACUGCUCUCCCGCUGAACACUUGGGAUGGCACAGAUAGGGAGAGCAUCUUUCUAUUCCUCUUCUUCGUUGUCCCAAGGCCACAAGUGGCGGCCGUCAUCAGAGGCAGCAGAACACCACACUCGUGCCAGGCAUCACCCCGGCCCUGGACAAUCUGGAAUUUAGGGGCUGGUUAGGGAACAGGAAGCUGACUCCAAAAAAAAAAAAAAGUGUUUUGCAAAGUUUUGAAUGGUAGCUAACUCUGGCUGGCCAGUUUGGGUCUGAAACUGUACUCCUUGAUGCGGUUAUCGGUAUGAUAGUGCAAGGUGAAGGUUUCAGCGCUUUUCCUUGAUCGGGUCGCCAGGAACUUUUGGCCAGCCGGCGGUGGUGCCUAAGAAAGAGCAGCUGCAAAGGACAGCUUUUGUGUCGUGUGCAAGAAGUGAGUGACUUGGGUCGUGUGAAGCGUGGCGCCGAGCAGAAAAUGCGGAGGAAAUAUUCGUCAGCAAGUGUGAUGUUCUGUUGAUGCUGACAGCCUUGCUCACUAACUCUGGUGGCCAGAAAUAUAAAGUGACUAUUUAUUGUCCUUAGUGUUGACAGACUAAAGGUCUACAGUCAUUAGUGAGAAGUGGAUUAGGUGUACAAGGACUGAGGUGUUGGAUCUUGCCCUCGACCAGUGUUUUCUGCAAGACCCGCAAUACCUCAACUUCAGAAACUCUCAGAUAUACAAAUAUUCGUCUGUGAUGUAUUUCUAAUGACUGGGACGGAACCUAUCAAGGCAAGCAGAACCUGUUGAUGAGGAAGUGAUCGCUGCCCCCUCCAGGAAGGCAGCCAGUGGUCUUGGCUUUGAAAUAUUUAUGUACAGUUAGGACAACUUGUGCAUUGUUACCUUGGAACUAUUGUGUGGUUCAACUUUUCCCCAUUCACAUAUUUCAUGACUUAAAGCAUCUCAAAGAUUUAAAAAGAUCCUAACUUUAAGUUGGGGCAACUCAACUGGUUUGACAAUGCACAUUUGUAGUUUUGUAAAUCUAUUUUUAUACAAGACGGACCGCAUGUUACCAGUAGGGUGGAGCGGUUCACAUCCUCCAUCAGUGAAUAGGGUGGGUCCAAUGCAAGGCAACCCCUCCAUCCUACUGGUAGCCGGCUGUCCUCUCUGUACAGUUCUCCCAGUGAAACCCAACGACAGCAAGCACUGACCCCAUCCACAGCCUUGAGCUACAAGACUUGAAGCAGGACUGGUGCGUCAAAACAUGGCCGUCAGUGCAGUGCCAGGAGACCAUGGACUCAAGCAAGGCACUCUGGAACGUUGGGAAAAAUUGUUUUGUCAGGUUGCAGCUGUGGAAUACUAGGGCAGGCUCUCCACGGGGCCAGUGGUUCAUAGCUAUGAUAAAAUUUUGGAUUCUUGUUGCGUCUCCCCCCCCAGAUUACUGCCUAACUUAGCUGGGGUUCAAGCUUCUGAAUCCUCCAAAAAUUUUCUCACCUCAAACACUGUGAUGACCUGUUAAACCCAGUAUAAAACCGUGUAGGCAGAUAAGACCUAUGUUCUUUGGACCCACCCGAACUUCAUCUGACAAGUGUUGACUUAAAUGUGCUCUGCUAAAUUCUCCUCUCCUCCUACUCUCCUGUUUUAUUCAGAUGAAGCUUACUUCUCUUCUGCAUUUGUAUUGACCAUUUGGAGUUAAGCAUGACGGCAUCCUUCUGAUUGCCUUGUUGAAAUUGUCCUGAGAGCACCACCAGCUGGUGUCCUGUAAUCCUGCACCGGCUGGUUGAAAAACUGUUUGUAAAUGUAGUCCAGCCAGGCCGGAGGAUGCUUACACAAAGUUCUGCCAUACCAUGAAGUCUGUCCAAUGUAAGCUACUCCCAUGCCUGCCUCUUCUUUGUACUCUAUGACAAAAUUAGGAUUACACCUUCUAAUCAACAUCGGCUCUGUGCCAGCAAGUGGUAAAGUUUUCCACCGUCUAAAUUAUUUAUCUUGUUGGGAUUGAAUUUUGAUUGGUAAUAACAGGGAGCUAAGUAAAGUAGUAUAUAUUUUUGUGACUCACUAAUCUGAAGAGUGGAAAACUUACCGCUGUAGUACUUGUACACUUCACUGACACCUUGGAGUGGCAAGUGUUCCUCAUAAUGUCAUGCUAUGAUGAGGCUAUUUUGUGAUUUAGUAAAACUAUAUGAAGUUUACUUCAGGUUAAAUAGUGCAUAGGAAAUGUAACAUUCAUGAUUGUCAUGAAAUUAUGAAUGAGGAAGUAUUUUAAUUUUUAUCUUCUAUAUAAUGCAUUGUUACUGAAGACUUAGAUUUUUGACUUAGCUGAGACAGGCACUUCCAUCAGUGUGCUGCCCAACCAAUGAGACAACAUCAAGGACAUGGAUUUUGUCGACACAACCUGGAUGAGCUCCCUGUUACAUUUUUGUUUUAUUUGACUUUUGAAGACAAGCUAUAUUGACAUCCACAUUGGACACGGCCGUGGCACUGCCCUGCCCCAGGCCACCAGGGGCGGGCGUGUGCCGGGCCUUCCAUGGGGGAGGAAAAUCUUUCGGGAUAAAUUUUAUUUAAAGAUUUGUAUUGUCACGUACAAAAUUGUCAGGAUUCUGGUCAAAUUAAACUACCUCGCCCCA